AUGCUCAUUCAUUCAUCCUUUCCUCCCUUUUGUCCCCAUUCAUUCCUACCAUUCAUCCCCACAUUCCCCAUUCACUCCUCUCCUUCCUCCCCUCAGUCCCUAUUCAUUCCUCCCCUUCCUCCCCGAAUUCCCCAUUCAUUCUUGGUGUUUUCCCCUCAUCAUCCCGCCCUGCACCUCAUUCUCUCUCCCCCUCCCCCCUCAUUCUCCCUCCCUGCAUUUCAUUCUCGGUGUUUGCCCCUCAUCAUCCCUCCCUGCACCUCAUCCUCUCUCCCCCACCCGUCAUUCUCUCCCCUUGCCUUUCAUUCUCGGUGUUUGCCCCUCGUCAUCCCUCCCUGCACCUCAUUCUCUCUCCCCCACCCCUCAUUCUCCCUCCCUGCAUUUCAUUCUCGGUGCUCCCCUCAUCAUCCCUCCCUGCACCUCAUUCUCUCUUCCCCAUCCCAUACUCUCUCUCCCUGCCUUUCAUUCUUGGUGUUUGACCCUCAUCAUCCCUCCCUGUACCUCAUUCUCUCUCCCCCACCCCAUAUUCGCUCUCCCUUCCUUUCAUUCUCGGUAUUUGCCCCUCAUCAUCCCUCCCUGCACCUCAUUUUCUCUCCCCCACCCCUCAUUCUCCCUCCCUGCAUUUCAUUCUCGGUAUUUUCCCCUCAUCAUCCCUCCCUGCACCUCAUUCUCUCUUCCCCGCCCCAUAUUCUCUCUCCCUGUAUUUCAUUCUCGGUGUUUGCCCCUCAUUAUCCCUCCCUGCACCUCAUUCUCUCUCCCCCACCCCUCAAUCUCCCUCCGUGCAUUUCAUUCUCGGUGUUUGCCCCUCAUCAUCCCUCCCUGCUCCUCAUUCUCUCUCCCCCACCCCUCAUUCUCGCUCCCUUCUUUUUAUUCUCGUGUUUGCCCCUCAUCAUCUCUGCACCUCAUUCUCUCUCCCCCACCCCACAUUCUCCCUCCCUGUACCUCAUUCGCCCUACUUUGCCCCUCACACCCAGGCCAUGA